AUGCUCUUCGUUCCACUUACCAUGCACCGCGCGGUACAAGGCCUAGACGAGAUAUACGAAUUACUAGGACGAAGAGCGCAAUCACCGUACGCGACGACCUCAUGGAUGAGCAUCGCCGCCGCUGCGACUAUGCUACUAGGAUGGCACAUCUGGCUCGGUCGAAUGAGUUACAGAACCAUUCUAGAAGCGGGAUCGAUACCUUUGGAAACAACUAGUACCACGGAAGAAAAGGAGUACCUGAAAGAGAAGAAGGCGCAAGAAGAACGGAUAUCGUGGGGUCGUAUACUCAGCCGCCUCGUCAUACCUUGUCUACUUCUUACACUGGGUUCGCACUUCGUUUUCGAAAUCUUCACGCGCAUCAAGGAUCCCAGACCGCGGAUUACGCUGAAUACUGUGGAUAUGCAGGAAGCUAUAGGGCAGCUGUAUGGGUUUCGAUGA